AUGAAAACCAAUGUGAUAAAUCAUAAGUCAUUGCUGGUCCUGCUGUUUAUCGGUGCUUUCUGGAUCAGUUUCACAGUUUUCCAGAACUCCACCAAGAUAUGGACUGCACUUGAGUUGCCAGUCUCUUUCCAAAACUGGAGUUUCAUCAAAAAAUCUUCACAUUCAAAAUCACCACAAUGUUCACUGGUUUCAACAGCAGAAAUGGAUCUGAAAAUAAAACAAACUAUGGAAAAAAUAAACCAGCUGAUCCCACCCAGGCCUUUCACACACAUAAAUGCUACAACUAGUGCCACACAAAGUAAAGCCACCAUCCUCAACCCUCAAGACUCAUACUGCACAGGGGACCAGCUGCACAUCCUGCUGGAGAUGAAGGACCACUUGGGUCACAGGAAGGAAUACGGUGGGGAUUUCCUGAGGGCCAGGAUGUCCUCCCCAGCCCUGAAGGCAGGAGCUUCAGGAAAGGUGACCGACUUCAACAAUGGCACCUAUCUUGUCAGCUUCACUCUGUUCUGGGAAGGCCAGGUCUCUCUUUCUGUGCUGCUCAUCCACCCCAGUGAAGGGGCAGCAGCUCUCUGGCGGGCAAGGAACCAAGGCUAUGACAGAGUGAUCUUCACAGGUCAGUUUUCCAGUGGCAACUCCAAGGUCAAUACUGAUUGUGCGCUGGUUUUAAAUUCAAGUGCCGAGUUAUGCCAGUACCUGGAUGCUCAAGACCAAGAAGCCUUUUACUGCCUGAAGCCCUCACGCCUGCCCUGUGCUGCACUCACUCACAUGCAUUCCAAGAAUACAAAAGCAUCUUACCUUAGCAAUCAAGAACAGAGCCUCUUUGUAAGGUCAAAUGUGGGUGUAGAGAUUUUGAAAAACUUCAAAAUGAUUAGUGUCUCCAAUUGCAACAAGGGAACAGCACCAGUGGGGGAAAAAUGCAAGUUUGGAAUGACAUCUGCACUCCCCAGUGGGCAUGUCUGGAAGGGCAUGUGGAAACCCGCCUCCUGCAGCCUAGCUCCUGUUGAAAUGAAGGAGUGCCUGAGAGGAAAAUUCAUCCAUCUGAUGGGAGACUCCACGAUCCGCCAGUGGAUGGAAUACUUCCAAACCAACGUGCACACACUGAAGUCAGUGGAUUUGCAUGAGUCGGGAAAGUUGCGCCACCAGCUUGCUGUGGACCUGGAAAGGAAUAUCAACAUCCAGUGGCAAAAACAUGCUUACCCUUUGAUUGGAUCACUUACCUACUCAGUUAAGGAGAUUGAAUACAUUGCCCGGGCCAUCGACAGAAUUGGAGGAGAUAAGAAUACUGUCAUAGUGAUUUCUCUGGGUCAGCAUUUCAGACCUUUCCCCAUUGACAUUUUUAUCAGAAGGGUCCUCAAUAUCCACAGUGCUGUUGAGCGUCUUCUUCUGAGAAGCCCAGACACCCUGGUUGUCAUCAAAACAGAAAAUACCCGGGAGAUGAACAGUGAUGUGGAAAGAUUUGGCAACUUUCAUGGUUAUAUUCAAUAUCUUACUAUAAAGGACAUUUUCCAGGAUCUAAAUGUAGGCAUCAUUGAUGCCUGGGAUAUAACAAUUGCAUACGAUACAAAUGAAGUCCACCCACCUCAACAUGUAGUAGGAAAUCAGAUUAAUAUAUUAUUAAAUUAUAUUUGCUAGCUAACACUUGUCUGUGAAAUGCAAUCAUUGAAGUAUUUCUAAUAGGAAUUUUCAAUUUAAAAUGGAGCCAGGUGCAGGUGUUAGAUGACAGGGACACCUCCAUCCCAGUUCAAGAGGAUGUGGGCUCGAUACCAACCUCCUGUUUCUAUCUCAAGUUACCCACUAACCACUACUGCAGACCCUGGGAUGCUCAGUCAUUGUCCCCUGUCACCCAUGUGAAAGACUUCCUUAUUUCUGACUUUGGGCACUAAAACCAUUGCAGGCAUUGGGGAAGUGAAUCAGAGAGUGGUAGCUCUCUCUCUUUCUCUUUCCCUCUCUCUCUUA